AUGGCAGCUAAAAUGGCACUGCCAACUUGUGUUCUACUGUGGCUCGCUGUGAUUCCGCUAUGUGCUGGCCAAGAAGGAGCUACCAAUCAGGACGAUGCUGCGAAAGUUCAUGAAGCAACGGAGCAAGUCUUGCAUGAAGGAGGUGGCAUGCUGAUUUUUGCUGCGGCCUCUUUGAUGCUUGCACUUUUGAUUGGCAACUUCCUGCACCACUUCGAGGUGAGUGUUCUUUCGGAGUCCAUGGUGAUUAUCAUUAUCGGCUAUUUGCUUGGCAUCAUCCUCCCCACCCAUGGUGGCUCUAUUAUCGCCUGGGCGAUCGGAGAUGUUGGUGUUGAGGAGGAAGGACUGGCAAUGGCUGGUGUUCUAAAUCUUUUUCUGCUACCUAUCAUCAUCUUCGAGGCAGGUUGGUCAAUGAACCACCGGGCCUUUGUGGACCUCCUGUUCACUAUACUGACUUUCGCUGUGGGCGGAACUCUGAUAUCAAUGGUUGUCGUGGGGUUUUUGAUCAAUGCCACUUGCCACGUGCAUGGAGUCUGCUCAGUCCGGACUGCCUUCACCUAUGCUGCUUUGAUCUCGGCAGUUGAUCCAGUAGCAACCUUGGCAACCUAUGCGCAUCUUCAAGUUGAUCCACUACUAAAUAUUUGUGUCUUUGGUGAAUCGGUGGUGAAUGAUGCGGUGGCGAUUACACUGUUUCGAGUUCUCAACGAAGGUGGUAUCUUUCAGGACACCAGCUUCCAUAUUAUUUCUAGCCGGAUAGCUUCGCAGACCUCGCUCCUGCUAUUUGGGUCAGUUGGACUUGGCGUUGUUCUGGGUUUCCUUCUGAUGUUAAUCACCAGGAUGAGCCGUUUGACGCACUCAACCAGCAACUGCGUUCUAUUCAUGUUCUUGUCUAGCUUCUUUAUCUAUAGCUUCGCGGAACGUGCGUGUGGCAUGUCGGGUAUCAUCACAGUACUCUUUGGCGCCAUGUUCGCCAGCGCGUUUGCCAAAUAUCAAUUCUCUGGCGAAGUCAACAUGUUCUGCGCUUUCACGCUGAAACAAGCCGCCAACAUGGCAGACAUGGUCGUGUUCCUGAUGGUGGGCAUUACUGCUGUCUAUUGUGAUGUACAAGGAUUGGUCUUUGGACUGCUGGUUUGCGCCUUUUGCCUUGUGGGAAGGGCUGCGGCUGUCAUCCCUUUGGCUUUCUUGACAAACCUAUGCAAGGAGAUCUACAGAAGAGACUUGCCUCAGGAGAAGAAGCUGACGCUGGAUUGGCGCAAAAUCUUCAUGAUGUGGCACGCAGGGCUCCGAGGAGGCAUUGCUUUGGUGCUGACACUUGAACUGGGGCCAUGGGUAGACCAAGAACAAGCUGGGACCAAAAACACGCUGCGCAAUGCCACCGUUUUGGUGAUCGUGUUUUUCUUGAUGUUCUUUGGUGGCAGCACGAAGGUGUUGUUGAAGUGCUUGGACAUUCCUAUGGAAGGCACUGCGCCCCCGAUGUUGAUUCAUCAUGGCAAAUUCUGGCGCUCGAUGCAUUUGGUGCGCGAUCGGGUUCUGAAGAGAGUACUGAUGCUCAGGGAAGAUGAAAAGGAGUCUAGCACGUUACCUCAGAUUCUGGCUGACUUUGCCGAAGUGGAACGAAGAACGACCUCUUCAGCAUCUCUACCGGACGCGCCUCCCGUGUCUCACGUGUCCGUGCGCAACCCUGGGCCGAGCAAACGUGGAUCCGACUUGCUGGAGCGUGCCAAUCCCACUGAGAGGCGAAGGCAAGGCGGACAAUUCGUGAGUCUCUUUGGUGUCCAAGAUCCCAUGCACGUAGAUGAUGACACAUCAUCGGAGGAGGAGGACGAGGACGACUCUGAGGAGAGCGCGGCUUGCUGA